AUGAUAAGGGUUUCAUUUGAAACAUCGUCGUGCAAGCACUUUGUUGAUGUGAAGGAACUCUCUCAUGAGGAUUUUCACAUGAACUUGUCUGCUGAAGAAUUUCCGUAUUUUGAGUGCAGAAUCUGCAUGUUGUUUGCAACUAGAAUGAUGUCAUCCGGUUGUAUGACAAGUGCCAAAUUUAAAUCUCUUGAUUCUAUCUGUUCAAGAGUUUCUAAAGUUGAUCUUGCUGCAAUCUUUUACAAGACCACAUUUGGCCAGAAGCUAUGCUCUCCAUGCUUUAGCUUGGCUCAACCUUGUUUAAUUGUUAAUUUCAAGAGGAUGACUUGGUCAAUUAGAAACAGCUUAAAUGACAGCAGUUUUAGUCCUUCCACUUCAAAUGGCAGUAAUGGAAGGACCCGCAUAAUUAGAGUGAUUCAAGAAUUUCAGAGCAAGUUAGGUUCUAAAGUUCAGGAGGUAAAGAAAAAUCUUCCUAUGAAGCUGCUUUUCUUCUUGGUUGGAUUUUAUUGUGCAACUGCCUUUGCCACUGUUAUUGGACAAACUGGUGACUGGGAUAUUCUAUCGGCUGCCUUGGCUGUGGUUGUUGUGGAAGGCAUUGGGGCUCUUAUGUAUAGGGCUUCUCUUCCUUUAGUUGCCAAGAAUAAAGGCCUGAUUUCCUUUAAUGUGUCACCAAUGUAUUUGAUAUAUGCUGAAGUCACACUUCACUCGACAUCAGUUGGAGCUAGUUCAACUUCUACGGUUAAAAUCCCUGAAGUUCAGUGCUCGUAUCCCGAAGAUAGGUCAUUCAAGCUGAAAAAUAUCCAUUCGAUGCAGAAACUAUGUGCAGAAAAAAUAUCUAGUGAUUCACUUGAGAAGGCUCAAAAUCGAAUGAUAGAUGCAUCACUUACACUUGUUAGAGAAAAUGCAAGGCUUAAGAAAGAACUUGUGCAUAGUUUGGGAGGUGCAGUAGCGACUUCAACUCUUCUUGGAGUUCCUUUGGGUCAUAAUUCAUCGUUUCUUGAAGGUCCAGCGUUUGCACCUCCUUUCAUUAGGGAGAGUAUUUGGUGUGCUAGUGCAAACUCAACUACUGAAGAAGGAAAGGAUUUAAAGGACCUGCGAGUGCUAGUUGAUGUUGGUGAUAUCCCUGUUCAAGAACUACGAGACUGUGGAAUAGAAGAUGAGAGACUGAUGAAAGUUGUUAGUGACUCUGUCAAACUAGUCAUGGAUGAGAAUCCAUUGCGUCCCUUAGUUUUGGGUGGAGAUCACUCAAUCUCAUAUCCAGUUGUCAGGGCCAUAUCUGAGAAGCUUGGAGGACAAGUUGAUAUUAUCCAUUUUGAUGCGCAUCCUGAUCUCUAUGAUGCCUUUGAAGGAAAUUAUUAUUCACAUGCUUCUUCUUUUGCACGUAUCAUGGAGGGUGGCUAUGCUCGGAGACUCUUACAGGUGGGUAUAAGAUCAAUCAAUGUAGAAGGGCGUGAACAGGCCACAAAGUUCGGAGUGGAACAAUAUGAAAUGAGACACUUUUCCAAAGAUCGACCAUUUUUAGAGAACCUGAAACUAGGGGAAGGUGUGAAAGGUGUAUACAUCUCAAUAGAUGUGGAUUGUCUUGAUCCAGGGUAUGCUCAAGGAGUGUCUCACUAUGAAGCAGGUGGUCUCUCUUUCCGUGAUGUUAUGAACAUGUUGCAAAAUUUGAAAGGUGACAUUGUUGGAGGAGAUGUGGUUGAAUACAACCCUGAACGUGACACUCCUGAUGCCAUGACUGCAAUGGUAGCUGCCAAGUUUGUCAGAGAAUUAGCUGCAAAAAUGUCAAAAUGA